AUGGUAGAGGUAUCACUUACAGUAGGGAAAUUAGAUGCUUCUUUAGCACUCUUAUUAACCAAAGAUCAUCAUUUGAUUGAGUUUCCUACAAUCUUAUUACCAAAUGGAGUUCGAGCAGGAUCUAUAGUCAAGUUAAAAUGUGACCAAGAUCAUGAAAGUGAAAAAGAAGAAGAUUUGAAAUUUCAAAAUAUUCAAGAUGAAAUCUAUCAAACGUUUGCAACUCACCCACCAAAGGCACCAGUUUUACAAAUUAAAAACACAACUCAAACUUCAUGUGUUUUAGAAUGGGAUACUUUGAAUUUAGGUACUUCUAAUUUGAAAAAUUUGAUUUUGUUUAAAGAUGGCAAAAAAUUGGGGUCUAUUCCACAACCAAUGAAUAAUAAAACGUCAAAACUUUCCGGUUUACCUGUUGAUAAGAGUUUUAAAUUUCAAUUAAGAUUGGACACCACAGCUGGCAUUUUUUGGAGUAAUGAAGUUGAAGUUAAUACUCACAAGAUGACUGAUCUUUCUGGUAUAACAGUAUGUCUUGGCGACUUCAGUCCCAAUGAUCCAUUUACUGCAGAGGACAUUGAAGAAACUUUGGUCAAAAUUGGAGCGAAACAUCCAGCACAACAUCAAGUCAAAGUUGAUACGACACAUUUCUUGUGUACGAGAGAAAAUAAGCAAAAUCCAGAAUAUGCUAAAGCUAACGAUAUGAAUAUUCCUAUAAUCAGACCUGAAUGGAUCAAAGCAUGCGAACGUGAGCGAAGAAUUGUUGGCGUUCGUGAUUUCUAUAUCAAGGAUUGUGUAUUGCCUGACUUAUUUGCUAAGAAUUAUUGGGGAGACAGUCAUAAGAGUAGAUCAUCAGGUGGAGAGACGGCUACACAGGUGGGUGCAGCCAAUGGAGCAGCUGCUACUUCCGCCAUUCCAGAGGUGACUUUGAACGAUACAACUGAACCAAUUGAGUCAAGUAAGUCGGACUUGCCACCACUACCAGCUAAAGAGGAGAAAGAGCAGAAUUUGGAGAAUGCGGAAGCUGCUGAGCCUACGAUCACAUAUAACGAAAAUGAUGAACCUCUUGAGAAGCAAGAUACCAACUUAACAAAGCUUGAAGUUGAUGACACAGAAAUUUCUACCGCCAUCCCCAACUCAGCCCAAGUAGUAAAUGAAACUCUUGAACACGUUAAUGAAGGGGAUAACUCUAAAAAAGGGGAUCAAGACACCAAUAACGAGGCAGAACAGGUUGCUGCUUCCUCCGAGGCAUUGAAAGAGGGCAUAGAUGAUGCCUUCGAAGCAGUGCCUAUCAAUGAUGAGAGUGUUGUUGAAGUAGAAACCAAAGUAACCGACCAUCCUGUCGAGGGCGAGGUCACGGAAAAUUCAGAACCAACAGAGGCUCCCUCAAAGGAUGACACAACUGACACGGAAAAGCAGAAGUUGAAAGAAGAGAAGGAAGCAAAUGAAGAAGAGAAGAAGGAAAGAGAAGCAGAGAAUGAAAUCAAGGAGGAAAAAUUUGAACAAAAGGAAGAAAAAGAGGAGUUAAAAGAAGAAAGGGAAAAACUGAAGAAGGAGGCAGAAGAAGAAAGGGACCAACAUGAAGAUGAAAAACGGAAGGAAGAGACGGGCAAUGCUGAGAAUGACGAGGAAAGUGUCGACGAGCCAACUUCUAAAGAAAACACACCUGCCCCAGCCGGAAAUGGUGGAAAGAAGAAAAAGAAGAAUAAUAAAAAAAAUAAGUAG